CAGAAGAUUAAGGCAAAAUUAUCUUCCUCUUCGGUCAGCAGCAAGUUCAGCCACCUCCCUGCUUAGCUCGGCUCCACCGUGCGCGGCGGCGCGUGACCGCCACGAUGAGCUCCUGCAGGACCCUGGUCCGCGCGUCGCUCUUCUCUCUCGACUCCGGCCGCCGGAGCAGCCACCGCGCCUCGUUCUCUCUCCCUCUCCGGUCCCUGCACUUCCUAUCUCCUCCUUCUCGAGGACUGGGCCUCCUCAGAGCCCCGGGAGGAGCUACGGCGAGACGCCUCGGCUCGAUUCCGGGAGCCGUCGCGCUCGAACCGACCGAGGCGUCCGACGAGGAUUCGCCGGCCGAGGGCCCGGCGAAGGACGCCGUGGAGCGCUUGCUCAUUGACCGCGAGGACGUGACGCAGCUGAUGAAGAUGGAGCGCAGGCCCGCGGUCGGCGAUCCCGGCGGGAGGUGGUUCCCUUACCUGGACAGGUUCAGGUGCGGGGCUUCCCAUCUGAGCAGCGGCGAGGUUCUGGAAGCUCUCGAUCCGCUCAUAAUGGACGUGCGGAAGGAGAGGUUCAGGAGCGCGGUGAGGAACCGGAGCUACUCGGUGUGCUUGGUGGUGGAAGGGCUCUGCGACUUCGGGAACGUCUCGGCCGCGUUCCGGUCGGCGGACGCCCUGGGGUUUCAGUCCGUCCACGUCGUGUCGUGCGAUAGCUCGAAAAGGUAUAGAGAAAAUAGGCAUGUCAGCAUGGGUGCAGAGAAAUGGUUGGACAUUGAACUUUGGGACUCAACCCAAGAGUGCUUUAGAGUUCUCAGAUCUCGCGGUUAUCGAAUUGCGACAACUCAUUUGGCAACAGAUGCGGUGUCCAUUUACGAUAUGGAUUGGUCUUAUCCCACUGCAAUUGUAGUUGGCAAUGAGAACAGGGGAAUUAGUGAUGAGGCCCUGCGGUUGUCAGAUCUCCAUUGCAGCAUUCCAAUGAAGGGCAUGGUGGACUCCUUCAAUGUCUCUGUUGCUGCGGGUAUUCUGAUGCAUCAUGCGGUUUGUGACAGAACUUCUCGAUUGGGGUGCCAUGGUGAUCUGACGACGGAAGAAAGCCAAAUCCUGCUUGCAGAAUUCUCUCUACGUCACAGCAAGAGUGCCAUUAGCAUUGCUCAUGAAUAUGCCAGGAGGAGGGAUGCAACUCCUGUGUCGAAACUUUGAUUGAUACAUUUAAGUGGGUGUCUUAUCAUUGUCGUUUGCCCCAUCUGUGGCCUCAAAAGCUGAGCAAAAUCUCUUCUACAAAUUCGCAACGGAGAAUUAGGAGACAGGAAUCCACCACGACGUAGCAUUGAAGUGCCUGGUUGCAAAUAGAUGAGCUGCUUGGAGCGUAAGAUGCUAUCUUGCGCUGAAGGAGGCAGACCGCUCUGUAACAGAGCUGCAAUUUGGCUCACUUUUGUCAUCCGGCGUCGUCAAUUGCCCACGUCAGUUAAAGGAAGCAGCACUGGCAAGUUUUUGAGAAAGGGCAGCUUGUACUCGUCCUAUUACAUAUGGCUUGCACAGAACCCCGAUUAUAUCGUUAACGAUAUUCACUUACAUAUUUUUUCAUCAGGAAAGACAAUAUAGCCUUUGACAAGUCUGGCAGAAAAUGCUUGCAUUUGAUUUUAAAAGA